GAUGACAUUUCUUUAAACACAAAGAAGGGAACACAAUCCAGACGGUGGCGACUCUGAGAGAAACAAAAAUAAACUGCUAGAGCCACGAAGAAGAGACGAGCCGAACAGCUACAGGAAGUCGGCCAUUUUACUUAAGUGACCUGCUUCACCAAGCCAUGGACAGUGACUGCUUAAACCUACUACCAUCUGUCUGUGAAGUUCUGGCUGAUUCCAAACUUUUUCUACAUGAUGACACAUGUCUGGAAAAGCUUCUUGAUUGUUUUAAAGAGCUGGUUAUGCAGAAUGGUGAGCAGUAUUUUAUGCAGUAUCUGCCAUGUCUGGUGCAAUUCUUGCAGAGUGUAACAAAAUCUCAAACAGUAGAUCCCUCUGUCUUUUCAUUCUCACUUAAACUUGCUGGGCUGCUGGCAGGAAAAGAGCACAGUUUCAGCUUGCUGGAGGAAAGAGGAGUGUUACAGUAUAUGUUUCAGCCAGAUAGCUGGCAUAUGCUGGAACUCUGGAAAAAUUCCUCAGUACGUUAUGGGUGGCUACAUGGAUUGUGCAACAUGUUGCAACAUCCACAAUCCAUUACCUUUUUCUGCAAGAAUGGAUUCAUUAAUUUGGUCCUCCAUCUGCAAAAUGACAAGGGCUUUUUCAUUACGUCUUUGACGAGUCAGAUUUUAGCACACAUUUUAAAUUGUAUCACGCCAGAAGUGCAAAGCAGCAACGCUAAGAAUGAGACACCAAACUGCUGUCCUGUCAGUACUGAGUAUGUUUCAGUUACAAAAGAAGUGAUGAACCAUGUAGCUGCCUCAUUAGCCUCAGAGGAACAGGCUAUUAUCAUUCCAGCCUUAGGGUUGUUGAGCACAAUUCUCACCAAGUGUAGAGAAACCCUCAAGGAAAUGUUUUGGAAACAUGUUCUGGGACCACUGGAAGUGUUAGCAAAUGUAAAAAAUGACUCCUUUACACUGCCCAUCAUAGCAGUCCUUCAGGCUGUUGCGAGGAGUCCUAUUUUGAUCCAGUCAGACUCUAGAGUGGAGACACUCAUGGAGAUCAUGUUGUUUUCAAGAAGUGCAACUGAAUCUGUGCAGUGUGCAGCAAUUAUCUUGCAAAUGGAAAACUGUCCUCAAGUUUUAAAAUGGAAAGCCACAGAUGUAAUCCUCCUUCCUCUAUGGUCUGUCACUGCAUCCCCUUUACAGCUUCAUGAUCCAGGUACACUCAAAGACUACAUAUUACAAUUGAAGAAGCAGCUAUCCCAGAAAACAUUCUGUGUGUAUCUGCUCACUCAGAGCCUGUCCAGCCUAGCAGAGCAUCUACAUAAGAAAUCUUUGGCUGGCAUUCCUGUUCAACGGAUUGCCUCUUCUGUGAUAAAACUUCUGAAAAUAUGCAGUGGCCAUUGUCCCUUCACUCUACUGGAAGCUGGUGCAUUUCCUCAUCUUAUUGGCUGUUAUAAGGUUCAGCAGUGCAGUAUCGACCUAUUAGGUGGCCUCACUGUUUAUGCAGAUGCUUUGGAAUGUACAGAGAGCACAGACCUAAUUGAGGAAACUCUUAGCAUUCUUCUACAGUAUCUGCAGUCUCCUGACUCACAUGCUACAGUUUUGAAGAAAACAUAUCAGGCAACCCUUAAAUGGUUCAAUCUCUGUUCACCAUCAUCAGAUUUAUGGAAGAUGAUUAUAAUUGAGCUCUUCCAAUCAGUGAAGAAACAUGUAUGUGAUGGACGAUGGGAAGUGAGAGAUUCAACUCUGGAGUUCAUUGCACAACUCACAGCCAACCUCAAAGGUAAUAAGAAUUAUACUGAAACUCUUCAUAAUAGUGGUAUGAUCUCCGUCCUCUUCACCUCAUUGUCAGAUUUAGAAGGUUAUGUCCAAGCAAGUGCAGUGGCAGCUCUUGGAGAGGCAGUAACAUCUGAUGUCUGUAGCAAUGUGCAGGUCACCACAAGAUUUCUACAGGUCUGCUGCGGAAUGUUUCCCCACUCUUCCUUUGCAAAAGCCUCCAGUUGUUGGAGAUUGGAGCUUGUGUGCUGUCGCCACCAGGUUUUCAACAAGAAUCUUGACAUAGUCCUCCUUUUUCUAUCUUAACAAGGUAACCUUUACCACUGGCAGAGCAGCAUCCCCAUAGCAUGAUGUGACCACCACCAUGCUUGAAUGUUGGGAUGGUAUUCUUAGGAUUGAAGGCUUCUUUUUUAUGCCAAACAAUAUCCAUAUGUCCAAAGAGCUCCAGUGUAGUCUCAUCUGACCAGAGGAUGGAUGACCAGAAGUUUGUAUCUCUAUAUAGAUGACCCCUCUUAAAGGCCAGGCAUGUAUCCUGGUGUCUCUGGGUAGGGUGAAAAUGGUGCCUUUCUGAGGCAAUGUCCAUAGAGACCACCUCAUUGCAGAAUUUGCUGAACAGUGGAUCGUGAUACCAUCUCCCCUGCUUGGUUGAGGGUGUCUAUUAGUGCUUUGGUGGUGAUACAGGGGUUGUUUGCAUCUUUCUAGCAACUCUAGAAGAUACUUUGCGCUUCCUGCCACGCCCAUCCAGGUUUUUGACAGUGUUGAACAUCUUGAAUUUCUUGAUGAUACUCUGUGUAUGGUUGAUACAGGGACAUCCAGUUCUUUUGAAAUUGUAGCCUUUGCCUCCACUAUGGGCAUUGACAACACGCGUACGAAGAUCAUGACUGAGUUUUUAUUUCCCUUGGUGCCAUGGUGACAGUGAAAAAGAAUAAUGAAAGCUUUGCCCCAUUAAUUAUACUUUACAGAGCAGGUGUUACCAUUUAACAUUAUAAUCAACUUAAUCAAUUUAAAUUUAAUCAAUUAAUGCCUAAUAGUCACUGGAGUGUGAAACCAUGUGCACUUUCACAAAAGAUGGAAUUUUUUCUGAGGGAAUAGGGUGUGAUUAAUUUUGAACAGGCUCAAAAGAGAAUCUCUGGCCAUAUCUAUUGGUAUACAAAUGAAGUUUAGCUAACACAUACACUAUACUGCCAAAAGUAUUCGCUCACCUGCCUUGACUCGCAUAUGAACUUAAGUGACAUCCCAUUCCUAAUCCAUAGGGUUCAAUAUGACGUCGGUCCACCCUUUGCAGCUAUAACAGCUUCAACUCUUCUGGGAAGGCUGUCCACAAGGUUUAGGAGUGUGUUUAUGGGAAUUUUUGACCAUUCUUCCAGAAGCGCAUUUGUGAGGUCACACACUGAUGUUGGACGAGAAGGCCUGGCUCUCAGUCUCCGCUCUAAUUCAUCCCAAAGGUGUUCUAUCGGGUUGAGGUCAGGACUCUAUGCAGGCCAGUCAAGUUCAUCCACACCAGACUCUGUCAUCCAUGUCUUUAUGGACCUUGCUUUGUGCACUGGUGCACAGUCAUGUUGGAAGAGGAAGGGGCCAGCUCCAAACUGUUCCCACAAAGUUGGGAGCAUGGAAUUGUCCAAAAUGUCUUGGUAUGCUGAAGCAUUCAGAGUUCCUUUCACUGGAACUAAGGGGCCAAGCCCAGCUCCUGAAAAACAACCCCACACCAUAAUCCCCCCUCCACCAAAUUUUAUACUUGGCACAAUGCAGUCAGACAAGUACCGUUCUCCUGGCAACCGCCAAACCCAGACUCGUCCACCAGAUUGCCAGAUGGAGAAGCGCGAUUCGUCACUCCAGAGAACGCGUCUCCACUGCUCUAGAGUCCAGUGGCGGCGUGCUUUACACCACUGCAUCCGACGCUUUGCAUUGCACUUGGUGAUGUAUGGCUUGGAUGCAGCUGCUCGGCCAUGGAAACCCAUUCCAUGAAGCUCUCUGCGCACUGUUCUUGAGCUAAUCUGAAGGCCACAUGAAGUUUGGAGGUCUGUAGCGAUUGACUCUGCAGAAAGUUGGCGACCUCUUCGCACUAUGCACCUCAGCAUCCGCUGACCCCGCUCCGUCAGUUUACGUGGCCUACCACUUCGUGGCUGAGUUGCUGUCGUUCCCAAACACUUCCACAUUCUUAUAAUACAGCUGACAGUUGACUGUGGAAUAUUUAGGAGCGAGGAAAUUUCACGACUGGAUUUGUUGCACAGGUGGCAUCCUAUGACAGUUCCAUGCUGGAAUUCACUGAGCUCCUGAGAGCAACCCAUUCUUUCACAAAUGUUUGUAAAAACAGUCUGCAAUAUAGUGUAUGUGGGGUUGUGUAUAGCAACUAAUAUAUAUUGAAUACAAUGGAAGUUUUGCCAAAGUAGUUUUUAUAAAUGAAGAAAAUUAAAAAGUAUUGAUUUCGUCCAAGGGGUAUGAAUAAUUUUGAGCACAACUGUAAAUCUGCUAAGCCUGUUGUAAGAUCUGUAAAGAGAUGUACUAAGCAGAGCGGGAUUUACAAGCCUGCUUCGACUUCACAGAUUGGAGUGUUUUUGAGGCUGCAGCUACUGAUUUGGAUGAGCUCACUGAUACCUUGACGUCCUACAUCAGUUUCUGUGAGGACGUGUGCAUUCCCUCCAGAACUUAUUUAGCAUUUAACAAUGACAAACCUUGGUUCAGUGCAAAACUCAAUCAGCUUUGCCAGGCCAAAGAGGAUGCCUACAAAAGUGGGGACAAAGCCUUGUACAAACAGGCCAAAUACACACUAAAUAGAGAGAUAAGAGUGGCAAAGCAAAACUACUCUGGAAAGCUAAAAAAACAGCUUUCAAUUACUGACUCUACAACAGUGUGGAAAGGCCUGAAAGCCAUCACCAAUUGCAAGACCCCAGCCCCCAGCACUGAGGCCAAUCAACAACUGGCUGAAGACCUGAAUGAAUUCUACUGCAGGUUUGAAAAACAAAAGCCUGGUCUGACACCUCACAUGCACUCUGACCAUCUCACAACACAGCCAUGUUAAUGUCUGUGGUCAUGAAGUAAUUUGAAAAGCUGGCGUUGGCCUACUUGAAGGACAUUACUGGACCCCCUGCAGUUUGCUUACCGAGCAAACAGGUCCGUGGAUAAUGCAGUCAGCAUGGGACUGCACUACAUCCUCCAACAUCUGGACAAACCAGGGACUUAUGCAAGCAUCCUGUUUGUGGACUUCAGCUCUGCUUUCAACACCAUCAUCCCAGAUACUCUCCUGAAUAAACUGACAGUUCUCUGUACCCAUCUCCAUCUGUCAGUGGAUCACCAGCUUCCUGACAGACAGGCAGCAGCUAGUGAGGCUGGGAAAACUCACAUCCAACACCCGCACUGUUUUUCUCCCUCUACACAAAUGACUGCACCUCUAAACACCCCUCUGUCAAGCUCAUGAAGUUUGCAGAUAACACUACAGUCACUGGUCUGAUCCAGGAUGGAGAUGAGUCUGCAUACAGACAAGGGGUUGAGCAGCUGGCUGUCUGGUGCAGUCACAACAACCUGGAGCUGAACAUGCUCAAAACUGUGGAGAUGAUGGUAGAUUUUAGGAGACACCUCCCUGCUCUCCCCCCACUCACCAUCAUGGACAGCACUAUGGCUGGAGUGGAGUCAUCAUAUGGAACCACCAUAUCCCAGGACCUCAAGUGGGACAUUCAAAUUGACUCCAUUGUGAAAAAGGCCCAGCAGAAGUUGUACUUUCUUCGUCAACUAAAAAAGUUCAGCCUGCCACAGGUGCAGAUGACACAGCUGUCAUUGAGUCGGUUCUGUACUCUUUGGUUUGGGUCAGCCAGCAAAUCAGAUAUAAGAAGACUGCAGCAGACUGUUAGGACAGCAGAAUGGAUCAGUGGUGUACACCUGCCCAACCUUCAGGACUUGUACAACUCUAGAGUGAAGAAACAGGCAGAUAACAUCAUCACAGACCCCUGUCACCCCAGCCACAACCUAUUUGCACUUUUCCCUUCAGCAAGACGCUACUGAUCUCUGUGCACUAGAACAUCUAGGCACAAAAACUGUUUUUCCCCCAUGCAGGAAUUAUUAUUUGUGUUCUGUAAUUAAUUUCUGUAAUUAAUUUCCAUCUCUAAUUACUGCCUCUUUCUCAAGUACCAUGUAAAUACAUAUGCAUAUAUCUUUACUUAUACAGCUGUAUAUAGAGCAUAUAAUGAACAAAUCUGCACAUAAAUCCUCUGUUCCAGAUUCAUCCACAUAUUAUUAUUUAUUGCUAAGUCUAUCUAAUUUAAUGUUUACUGUCUCACUCCAGAUAUGUGUAUAUGUAUGUAUGUAUGUAUGUACAGGGGUUGGACAAUGAAACUGAAAUGCCUGGUUUUAGACCACAAUAAUUCAUUAGUAUGGUGUAGGGCCUCCUUUUGUGGCCAAUACAGCAUCAGUUCAUCUUGGGAAUGACAGAUACAAGUCCUGCACAGUGGCCAGAGGGAUUUUGAGCCAUUCUUCUUGCAGAAUAGUGGCCAGGUCACUACGUGAUGCUGGUGGAGGAAAACGUUUCCUGACUCACUCCUUCAAAACACCUCAAAGUGGCUCAAUAAUAUUUAGAUCUGGUGACUGUGUAGGCCAUGGAAGAUGUUCAACAUCACUUUCAUGUUCAUCAAACCACUCUGUCACCAGUCUUGCUGUGUGUAUUGGUGCAUUAUCAUCCUGAUAAACGGCACCGCCUUCAGGAUACAAUGUUUGAACCAUUGGGUGUACAUGGUCCUCCAGAAUGGUUUGGUAGUCCUUGGCAGUGACGUGCCCAUCUAGCACAAGUAUUGGGCCUAGGGAAUGCCAUGAUAUUGCAGCCCAAACCAUCACUGAUCCACCCCAUGCUUCACUCUGGGCAUGCAACAGUCUGGGUGGUACGCUUCUUUGGGGCUUCUCCACACCGUAGCUCUCCUGGAUGUGGGAAAGACAGUGAAGGUGGACUCAUCAGAGAACAAUACAUGUUUCACAUUGUCCACAGCCCAAGAUUUUCCAUUGAAACCAACGUUUGGCAUUGGCACGAGUGACCAAAGGUUUGGCUAUAGCAGCCCGGCCAUGUACAUUGACCCUGUGGAGCUCCCGACGGACAGUUUUGGUGGAAACAGUAGAGUUGAGGUGCACAUUUAAUUCUGCAGUGAGUUGGGCAGCUGUGGUUUUAUGUUUUUUGGAUACAAUCCGGGUUAGCACCCGGACAUCCCUUUCAGGCAGCUUCCUCUUGCAUCCACAGUUACUCCUGUUGGAUGUGGUUCGUCCUUCUUGGUGGUAUGCUGACAUUACCCUGGAUACCGUGGCUCUUGAUACAUCACAAACACUUGCUGUCUUAGUCACAGAUGCGCCAGCAAGACAUGCACCAACAAUUUGUCCUCUUUUGAACUCUGAUAUGUCACCCAUAAUGUUGUGUGCAUUGCAAUAUUUUAAGCAAAACUGUGCUAUUACUCUGCUAAUUAAACCUUCACACUCUGCUCUUACUGGUGGAAUGUGCAAUCAAUGAAGAUUGGCCACCAGGCUGGUCAAAUUUAGCCAUGAAACCGCCAACACUAAAUUGGCCAGUGUUUCAGUUUCAUUGUCCAACCCCUGUAUGUAUAUAUGUAUGUACGUUCCAAGAGCACCUUAAAACCACAAGCA